AUGCAUACUACCUUUGCCCUGCGAUUCAAAGAGAUCAUCAGCAAUGACCUACCAGUAGCAGAGAUCCUGGAUCGCUGGCCUGCUCUGAAAAUGGAGUCCCAGUUCCACAGGAUUACAAACCUCAACCUAAAGAACCACUUCUUUGCUGUGUUAGACCAACAUGCCCCCAGGCUCCAGAGCUUAUUUAGAAAGAAAGCUGCUCGCACGGGGAAAGUGUCUGAUGUUCUGUCUCAGCUCUUCAGAACCUAUGAUCUCCAGGAACAAGUUAAUAUCCAUGUUCUACGUGCUCUUGUGCUUCACGGCCUUCCUUCCUAUUUGCACGAAGACACCUCCACCUUCAUCAAAACCUGGGAUAUGACGCACUCCGAUGAACCAGAUAUUACAGAAGUGCCACUUGGACUCCUCCUAAUCAGAGCCAGUUCCACCGAUGCAACAUUCUUUUGUCCUGAGAAAAUCGCAGUUUUGAUUGAGGGUAACAUUAUCAUUGAUUUCACCACCCUGGCUGAUGCAUUUGUGGUGGGCCCACUGGGGAAUGACCUCGUGUCUCUAGUGUGGACUUGGCCCAGCCACGUCCCACGAGGAGCAACUCGGACCCACCAGGAGCUCUUCGACGAGUGCCCACACCGGGCCUGGCUCCAGGGUGGGACCCUGUACUGA